UAUUUCAGUUCGAAAUGUUGAAAUGGGUCGACUGAAUUCUGUGAUACCUUGUUUAAUAGUAUUUGAGUCUCUGAAUAGCCGUGUAAUGCAUGGUGGAAGAAAUGAAUAGCCAUCAGCAUGACAUAAAAAGUAUAGCCAUAUUAGAUGCCGGAUCACAGUAUGGAAAGUUAAUCGACCGAAAGUUGCGCGAAUUGAGCAUCAGAACUGUUUUUCUUGAUUUUGAUUUUACAGCGGAGGAAAUAGUAAACGAAAAUGUUCAAGGUGUUAUCAUUUCGGGCGGACCUGGUACGGUUAUUCUUGAAGAUCAAGAAUUUAAAAGACUAAACGGUGACAGAAUUUUGAAACUCGGCGUUCCAGUCCUUGGAAUAUGUUUCGGCAUGCAACUUUUGAAUAAAUUGUUUGGUGGAGUAGUUGAGAGAACCGCACUUCGAGAAGAUGGAGAAUGUGAGAUCGAAAUCAAUACAGAUUGCCCUCUCUUCUCUGGCUUGGAUAGUAAGCAAACGGUACUGCUUACCCAUGGGGAUACAUGCACCAACGUAGGAGGUGAAUUGAAAAUUGUUGGAAAACACGGGGAUACCAUUUCUGCAUUGUCUUACGAAUCUGCUAAAUUCUACGGCGUGCAGUUUCACCCUGAAACGGAUCUAACACCAAAUGGAAAAGUGAUUUUUAAAAAUUUUUGUAAAAUUUGUGGAGUUGAGCCAGAUUACACCCUCACCUCUCGUUUGAAGUCCACGAUAAAAGAAAUAGAGGACAGCGUUGGUCAACGGAACGUAGUGUGUUUAAUAUCCGGAGGAGUGGACUCAGCGGUGUGUGCCGCGAUGCUGCAGAAAGCGAUCGGCAAGGAAAAAAUUUACCCAGUGCACAUCGACAACGGCUUCAUGCGACUCAAUGAGAGCAAAUUGGUGGAAAAAAGUUUGGCCGAAAUUGGGGUCACCUUAGAAGUCUACAAUGAAGCAAAGAAUUUUAGUGUGGCGACUACGAGAAUUUUGCAGAAGGACGACACAUAUCGCGCGUGCACGCAGUUGAAUCGCACGAUACACCCGGAAGAAAAGCGACAGAUAAUAGGCGACUGCUUCAUCUCGGUGUUCAACAAGAUCCUCGUGGAUAAGGGCCUGGACAUCGCCAACACACUGUUGUGCCAGGGAACCCUCAGACCGGACCUGAUAGAGAGUGGAUCGGCCUAUGCCAGCUCGAAAUGCGACCGAAUUAAAACUCAUCACAACGAUACAGAUUUGGUUCGAUCUUUACGUGCACGUGGGAAAGUGAUCGAACCUCUGAAAGACUUCCACAAAGAUGAAGUUCGACAAAUUGGAGCAGAACUGAAGUUGUCUUGUUCGAUUCUGCAGAGGCAUCCUUUUCCAGGCCCAGGAUUGGCCAUUAGAAUUCUGUGUGCUGAAGGCCCGAAUUUGGGCACAGAUUUCAUAGAAACACAAGUAAUUCUAAACAAACUAGCUUCAUACAACGACGCCAAAACGCGUCCUUUUCUACUGUUUAAUAAAAUAAUAGAAGUGCUCUCUAAGUCAGAACUGGAGACUCUAGACAAGAUCACGGGCUCUUGCAAGUACAAGGCGACCUUGCUUCCCAUAAGUACUGUAGGCGUUCAAGGCGACGCCAGAACAUACAGCUAUUGCGCAGCAUUCUCCUGCGGCAGUCGCACUGACAGCUCAGGUCCAGAUCAGCAGUUGACGGGAAUCGCUUCCAGUAAAUCCAACAUUAACUGGGAUCACUUGUUUUUCCUGGCCAGGAUCAUCCCAAGAUGCUGUCACAACAUUAACAGAGUUACUUAUGUGUUUGGCGGAGAAGUGUCCUACCCUAUUCAUGACAUCACGGUUACUUAUCUGGACACUCCGACCAUAGAUCUUCUGAGAACGGCCGAUGAUCUUGCGACCACGUCGCUCAAAAUGGGCAACUGUUUGAGCAGCGUCAGUCAAAUGCCAGUAGUGCUAGUUCCAAUCCAUUUCGACCGUGAUCCAGUGAAACGACUGGCCUCAACCAAAAGGUCAGUCGUUCUACGCACCUUCAAGACUCAAGAUUUCAUGACGGGAGUACCAGCGCGACCAGGAAAGGACAUCGCGGAAUCGGUGCUGAAUAAAAUCGACCAGGCCAUCCUGAAGCUUCCUGGAAUAUCGCGGGUGAUGUAUGAUUUGACCUCAAAGCCACCGGCCACCACUGAAUGGGAGUAGUGAACUCGGAUUUGAGAUCAGUUUUGAAAUUAUUAACACGAGUUAUGAGGAAAAUCUGCUGCCCAUUUUAAUGUCAACCGAAGCCGCUGUAUUGGUUCACAGGAAGUUAAAUUAUGUAGAAAUGCGUAAUCAAUGAAUUGACCAUUUAACUGAUUAUACUAAAUUGUAAAGAAUAUUCACGCACCACGGAUACUCUCAAGUAGUCUUUUAUUUAAUUUCUCGAUUUCAUUAAAAAACAUUGUGAAAUGGUGGUUACGUGGUGUUAACUCAAUAUCAUGUCAAUUGUAUGAAGCAAUUGGUUUAUCCAUUCGUUUGACAUUCGAUUCAAUGCUGGUUUCAUCGUCUUUUUUGAUGUCAAAUAUAAAGGACGUAAUUCAACCUAUUUUUAUUUCCCGCCUAUUCGUUUGAAUAAAGUUUUGUCAUUUC